AUGGAGAAUGUUACUCAACACCAGCCUUCUACAUUAACAUCUGGUGUUGUUGCAACUGAAAUUCAUGUUGUUGGGCUUCCUCCACUUGGAAAGAAAAGAAAACCAAAUGCUAAUGGUCCUAGGAAAUCGUCUCCUGCAUGGGACCACUUUAUUAAAUUACCUAAUGAAACUGAACCAGUAGCUGCUUGUAAACACUGUCAUAAAAAGUAUUUGUGUGAUCCAAAAUCCCAUGGGACAUCUAACAUGCUUGCUCACACAAAAAUAUGCACCAAGAGGCCACAAAAUGAUCCUACUCAAACUGCCCUUUCCUUUGCUAGUGGAGAGGGUGGUGGCUUGGUUGCUGCAAGCCAACAAUUUAAUCUGGCAGCUUGUAGAAAGGCUAUUGCUCUAUUCGUGAUCCUAGAUGAACAUUCUUUUAGAGUAGUUGAAGGGGGGAUUUAA